AGCUCUUAGGCUUGUUGCUUUUCUAAGUAACGAAAACGAUCGAAGGACUAGAAACUUAACGACAUUAUCUAAAGACUAGAAACUUAACAACAAAAUUUAUUUCACUGACCUGAAAGACGUUAUCCUUAUCACUGAUUAUCAACCUGCUCCAUCAUCAUCAGGUAAAUAGGAAAAAAUGGCAGCCGCGAACGGUUCUCCCACCGCUAACGGAGGCUCGUCUCCUCACGGAGAAACCGACCAAAGGUUUCUCGAUAAAUUCUCUCGUCAGAAUGCUGCUCUUGGUGCCGAGACGACGCUGAAACUGACGAAACUCCGUGUCCUUAUCGUCGGUGCAGGCAACGGAUUGGGAAUCGAGACGGCGAAAAAUAUUGUGUUGCAGUUACGAAGGGCAAGUUGAUGGCACGACUUUACUCAAGUCACCGCCUCGGUUCUAUUCGCUGACCACCUUACCUAGGUCACCCAACAUCCUCGGAGGCGAGCAGGUGCCCGUGAGGCUCGCUGUGAAGGAUUCACAACCUAACCUAACCAAGUUGAUAGUGUCAAUGUCGUCAUUGUCAAUGUGCGCCGUGAAGUAGUUUUAGAUCCAAUCCAUGCCUAUACUUUUUUGCUCGAACAAUUGAAUGAAAGUUCUUUCUGAGAAGUCCCAGCAUCUAAUCCUCGGAUGCGGUGGCGUGACCCUCUUCGAUGCCACAGCCGUCACAAAGCGCGACCUCGGUGUCAAUUUCUUUCUGACAGAAGCAGACGUCGGAAAGGUCAAGCACGACGUUUUGGUUCCGAAACUGAAAGAACUGAACCCUUUGUGUAAAGUCGUUGCUGGAUCUGGUUCUGCGCUCUCAGAAGACCUCGUCCUCCAGCAUGCAGUCGUAGUCGUCACCGAUCCCAAAAUGAGCGGCCAGGACCUGGCCAAGUGGAACGAAUUUUGUCGAUCGAAGAGGAUUUCGUUUCUCUAUGGCCGGUCGCAAGGCGUCUUCUGCACCAUCUUCAGCGAUCACGGACCGAAUCACAUGGUGUCGGAUCGGAACGGAGAAAACCCUUUAGUCCGCAUAGUCGAGCACAUCGAAAAAGGAGAGAGCGAACCUUUGGUGCGGUAUUCGGUACCAGAAGGAACUGCACCAGCUACAUUCACGGAAGGAGCAUACAUUGAGUUUUCACCGGACAUUCAGGGGUUAAAAGUUAUGAAGAUUCCUUGAUGGUGACAGCGACAGACAGUUCUUUCAGCUCGACUCAUGUCAGUUUGAAUGAUGACUUGCUACUUAUAAUUCAAGAACGCUACUUCACUUUCAGAUUUUUCAUGUUCUUGAGGUUGAUGCUGACAUUCAAAGGCACCAGUGAUAAUUACUGCCAGAAUUACAACUACAAGAGCACUACAAGAAUCUAUUGUGAAUCCUGUGAACAAGAACUAGUUCCACUUCCCCCCUCUUCUAAGCACAGCAUCGCCGAGAACCAAGUUACUCUCCCUACUGGCGAAAAAAUAGUAGGCUGGCGCACAACCACCAAAUCCAAGGAUCCGCAGAACACACUCCGACUUGUAGGCAGCACUGCUGGCUUUCCAGGAGACUACCUCAAGGGUGGAACCUUAACUAUGAAAAGAAAAUCUGUUAUCAUUAUCAAGUUUCUUAAGUAGAAAAGUAUGAUAAUGAUAACAUAUUUUGGUUUCAUAUUAACCGAGAAAAAAGUUGCGGAGCCAUCUCCGUGUGCGUCUUUUGCUGAGAAGCUGGCGCAGCCUGGAACCCCUUUCGUCGACAUGGUGGGAACGGACAUGUUGGAUUUUGGAUCCGAACUGCAGAUACACCUGGCAAUGGCAGUGCAGUUGUUAGGGGUAGGUUAACGGUGCUUUUGUUACCGUUUGUUAUGGCUCUCUCCCUUAGGUGGGGACAGCCAUAACAAGCGGGAUAAACAAACACCAAAAACCUACCUCUAAAGUUGGACGCUGGAGGAAGUUUGGAUACUGCGGCAUGCUUGGCGAAGUUAUGAUGAAGGAAGUUCUUAGUGGUCACGCUGUAGUCGUUGGUGGUAUGAUUCGUUGGAUUGACUAUUUUUUUGGAAUUUUUGAUUGGAAGUCGUGUUGAUUGACUCGACUGGGUGGAAUGGUGAACAAGCCGUCUUGUUAGUGUGCAUGAAGCUGAGAGUUUUACAACUGCUUCUAUACGUUCAAGGUGAACUACCAGAGAAAGAACGCAUCUCCCCACUCUAACCACAGCCAAAGAGCUCCUUCAGACCAAAAAGCUCGAUCUCGAGAUCGAUAUCAACGAGGACUUGCAAAAAGAGUACGCUGCGCAAGCGGGCAUCGAAUUGCAGCCGAUGAGCGCUUUUCUCGGUGGUGUGUUGGGACAAGAGGUCAUCAAGGUGACGGGCAAGUUCACACCGAUUCCUGGGUUUUUGCACUUCCACUGCAGAGAGGCAUUGCCGAAGGAUUGGAAAGCAGGAAAUACCUCUGCAUCUGCCUUGCAGGAGAACCGCUACGGCGAUUUAGUAGCUCUCUACGGGCAAGAUUUCGUGACCAAACUGCAAAAUCAGAAGCUCUUCAUGGUUGGCUGUGGCGCUUUAGGCUGCGAGUUGUUGAAGAAUUUUGCUUUGAUUAAGGGUUGAUUGUUCCCCUAAUCCAUCUCCAAAAGCAUCUUCUUGGAGACGUUUUUCUUUCCAUGCUGGAAAGGAGUCUCAGAAUGUGCUUUGCGGAGAUGGAUUGCGGAGAGCAGCUCUAACUUGAACGGUAUUUGCUGUGGGCCUAGUGGAAAACUGACAGUGACAGACGCAGAUCGCAUCGAAUUGAGCAAUCUGGCAAGGCAGUUCCUCUUCCGAGAACAUAAUGUUGGGCAUGCGAAAUCGGUAGCAGCUGGGGCGAUGGCAAAAACGAUGAAUAAAGAUUUGAAGUUAGGACCACUCGAGGACCUUUGAUUAAUAUAGAGAAAUAUUGCUAUUUUUGACAGGACGAGGUGCAACUACGAGGACUCAACAGAGAAUUGACGGAGUAGAGGACCACACAACUAGAACUAGAACACUUGAUACAGAAACUCCUACGUACACUUAACGCUACGCCUACAAGUUCAGGCUCAGUACAACUUCAGAGGGCGUGCUGUAUGUCUAUCUUCCAUGAUAAUUUGUCCGCGUGCGAAUCUCUAACCUUCAUCUCCGCGAAAGAGAUGUUUGUCGGGAAGAGCACAGAAGACACGUUUGAUGAUGCCUUUUGGAUGGAGCUGGAUGCAGUAGUCAACGCUCUCGACAACAUGGAGGCUCGGUUUUACGUUGAUGGCCAAUGUGUGAAAUAUGAGAAGCCCUUGUUGGAGAGUGGAACGAUGGGACCCAGCGGCAACGUCGACCCGAUCGUGCCGUUUAAAACGAAGACUUACAGAGACGGCGGAGAAGCGGCUGCGGGAGGAGGGGUAUCUUCUGUUGUGACAGAAUAUCGGCCCUCUUCAGAGGAGCUAGUUCGCUAGAACUUCUAUGUGAUGCGGCUCCUUCGAUAGUUCAGCUUUAACUACAACAUGGAGCGAACACAUGAAGACAUUCAAAGGAUUUUUGACUUCGGCAUGUCAUAUUUAUAAAUUAAUAUCUCUCCUUCCUCCAAUCUGUUGCAGUUGUUGAUAUUUCUUUCCAAAUAACUCCUGUUGUUCCCAGGAGGAUUGAUACCACGACUUUCACUCUCCCCUGACAAUGACAGAUCCCAAUGUGCACGCUUCGCAACUUCCCGCAUCUGCCGGAUCACUGCAUUGAGUGGGCGCGGGAUCUUUUUGAGUUUAUUCUGGUGAAGACGCCGAAACAGCUAGAAAAACUACUAGCCGAUCCCGAAGGGUUUUUGCUUGAAAAAACAGACACGACGGAUGUGGGACAGAGCCUGUUUGAAUUGCGAGUCAUAGGCAGUCUGCUCCAAGCCGGGAAAAAACCGUCCGUCACCGCAGCCGCUCAGGUCGCGUACGAUCUGUUCCACUUUCUCUUUCGGGACAAGAUUACAGACCUGGUCACCGCUUUCCCAGAAAAUGCAAGGACGAUUGAUCCGGACACAAAACAAGACAAAGGCCCGUUCUGGACAGGCCACAAACGGUUUCCAAAAGUGGCGAAGUUUGAACCUGGCAACACCACGCACGCGGAGUUCAUGAUCGCGUGUACGAACCUCGUAGCCGUCACAAUCGGCGCCAAUCCAGUCAAGCAGGAUGGCGAUGAUUCAUGGCUUGCCAAUCAGAGAUCCGCCGCAUGGCUCAACAGCUUGUUGCCUUCUCUAAAGACUCCAGAAUACAUUAAGGCAGUGAAGCGAGCAUCCUCAACAUCAUAGUCAUACAUUAUAAAUCCUUGAAGAGUACAUAAUCCCUGGAUGAUCGUCUUUUUCAAGGGGAAAUCAUACUUAAGCACAUAAUCCCUGGAUGAUCGUCUUUAUUUUCAAGGGGAAAAAGAUGUGUCCAAGGAUGAUGAUGUGUCCAACCAAGGACAUACUUAUCAAUCUCUUGCAAGGAAGAUCGACGCGGUAGCUCUAAGUACAUCAGUGGAGGCAUCAAAUUAGAUGACAACGAUCCGAACAAUGAGAAGCUGAAGAAGGAUGCCAACAGUGGCAGAAUUGCGCUGGAAAAGAUCGCAGCAGACAUAAAAGCGGAAGUUGCUUAUGAUGAAAUUUUAUUUUUCAAUGUUUAACGCUCGCUGUGUUUAACUACUCGGGUCCCAACGGAACCAGGCAGCUACUCGUAGCUGCUACGUGGUUCGAAUGAAUCAAUGUUUUCUUGACUUUUAUGAGGAAUGAACCUCACUAAAACAGUUUCUUGGGAUGAAUCCGUUGCUUCAUGCACUCAUCUUCGCUCGUCUUCGCCUGCUCAAAAAUACUCCCCCACUCGCCUCUCGCUGUCCCCUACUUUCAUUUCCCAACACCAAGCGGCGGCAAACUUCUUCCUAACGGCGAUUUGCUCGAAGCGGAUUUCGAGAAAGACGACGACUUCAACUUCCAUAUUGCGCUGAUCACACAUCUGAGCAAUUUGAGGGCAGACAACUAUUUCAUCCAAAACUCGGAUUUCCAGAAGGUGAAGCUAGUAGCCGGAAGAAUCAUUCCCGCGAUUGCGACUACGACCGCAGCGGUCACCGGUCUAGUGAUCAUGGAGCUCUUCAAAGUGCUACUGGAUAAGCCCUGUGAAGCGUUGAGGCAGAGGUUAGUCGGACUCGCGACGAACACGUACACGAGCUUUGAAGCGGAUGAACCCAAGAAAUUGAAGUUAAGGCUGUUGUCCCUAAUUAUUAAUUAAGAUGCACUUUCUUAAGUUGAAAAGGGGAGGAAGUAGUAACAUAAAAAAGAGGGACCUUUAUUAACUUUAUUAAAUAAGUACAUCUUUGUUUGGACCACGCAUCCUUGAAACGUACUAUGGGUAUGGAGGAGUAUCCUGUAAGGGAGUACUCCCCCAUACUUCUCAAGGAUGCACAACUUGAAAGAUGAAUUACGGACCGCUCUAAUCAAGAGCGGUGAACAAGUGGAGAAGCCAGACGUUAGCACAUUGAAAGACGAUGCGUUUGAUGAGAAUGGGAAGGUACUUAAGUACACAAUUACAUACGAAUAUUUUCUGAAAGCACUAAAAAUAAGUAAUAUGUGUUCAACUAGAAAAACAAAAAUAAGAGGAGAGCCAAAAACAAGAAACAUCAAAAGCUUGAUCCGAUCAAUAUUUUCUGAUGAAGAAAAGAGAAGUCACAAUGGCUCACACUAUAAUAUAGUCAAUGGCUCUUGUAGUUGUAACAUUUAGUACAGGUGGGAGCAGCAGUUUUCUUUUUGAUGAUCAUCUGGGGAACAACUUUUAUUUACUAUUGUGAUGAUCAUGGUACUCGAAAGAUGAAAAGACAUCUUCGCCACCUGCUAUUCUCUCUCCACUUGCCACAUCCAGGUCAAAGAAGAGUACUUCCUCAGGGAGAAGUAUGCGGCCUAUCCGAACCCACACACUGUCUGGGAUAAGUUGACUGUCUCUAGUGGCGACAUGAGCUUGAAGGGAUUCAUAGACUGGCUGGAGAACGAACAUAACAUUUGUCUCACGAACUGGGCGUUCAUUUUGGGACAUAAGAAGGGUACUUCUACCCAUCUUCGUAGUCUAUUUUAACUCCAAGAGAUGAGUCUCUGCAUCAUUCAAAUCCUUUUUCCGGAUCAUGCUUUUGCUUUCCAUCCAUCACUUCUAACAAGAAUUUCUCCUCCCACCAGCAUCAUACCACCACACAAACGACAGGCGGCGAAGACGGCAAGGACAAAAUGCCGGUUUCCACCACCGUCUAUCCCUUCGCAGUGUCACUCGACAACAGCCUCAUGCCACCACUCGAUAGUGACAACCAAACCGCGAUGUCAGAGAUCAUGAAGUCCACAAAAAUUCCACAAGCGCACAAAAUGAAGUACAUGAACGAAUGGAGAUCCGCCAAACAGACUGGCAAAUUCGCAGAGCCUAUUCCAGAGGAAUUGCGCAUAUCCAAUGAAACGAGUCUACGGCAGAUUCUGAAGAUUAUGGCGUCGAAAGCGGAAUUGGGCUUGAAAGAAGGGAAAAUUGAUGCGAAAUUCGGUACUUACUUGUUGAUCCGCAAUUUGGUACUAAAAACUUGUUGAAGCACUUGGACUUGACUUGGAUUCUUUUUCAUCUUGUUGUGAGAGGCUAACCGUCGAACUCUGGGAGCACAAUCCUUCGAUCGUCGCCGUCGGCGUGCGUGCCCUCUCCUCGAGUAGAAUGAGUACUACUAGAAUGAGUGCGGCUUUCUUCUAAAAUGACCCUCUUGAAGAUAUUUUGUGACAUGAUCAUCAUGACCAAGACCAACAAAGAACUUCACCUUUUGUCAAUCCACCACUACUACCACCACCACACACCAGGCGCCACAGUGACGCACACGCAGUUAGAGCAAGCAAAGUUUUGGUUGAUACCAGCAGACGAGACGCCGAGUUGCGAAACCAAUCCGACUUACGUCGAUGGCGACGACGAGCCUUUGGAUGUGAAGUUCCUUGCAGCCAUCAAGAUUCCGCUCGUGUAAGAAAAGUACUAUUGCUUUUUUUAUGAUUCUUGUUGGUUCUUCUUGGUGCGUCUGCAAACGACCAGAAAAAAGUGUACUAUUUGAGGAAGAUUAUAGAAGCAAGUAGCAUUACCAUCUGUCUUGACCUAUUCAAGAACACCAGUUACCUUGUGUAGCUAAAAAUUUAUUCAUUUAAUACAUUUUCUUAUUCUCAUAUAUUGAAAGCUGAUUGCACUCCUGGCACCACAUCAAUGUUCAAAUGGUGAAGAUUUUGACAAACCUACAUUUAGAUUUAUUACAUUAAUACAGUGACCUCGCUGAACUUCGGCAAUCGAUGGCGAAGGCGUCUGGGGAUAGUGGCUGCGGCGCAGAACCCGUGUCCGGUAUCUCUGAUGGAAAAAAACGGGACUGCUGUUUUUAACGAACCGACCUUGACUACUUAAUAGUCUUCGUUCACAUUGUAGUAGAAACCAAAACACAGAAAAAGUUGUGCAGUUUGUGAAGAUGAGAAAUUAUCAUUUCAGAAAUUAUCGAUUAUACAUAUAGGUGCUUGUACUCCGCCAGUACAACACUCCGCUGAGCAUAACAUACUUCCAACAUAAGGUAUUAAAUAUCACAACAUCUUUGAGUGUUUAGACAUAGGCAUUUCUCGCAUGAUCCAGUUUUUCAAAGCAUGAUCAUGCGCGAAGUAGCUUAAGCAGUCUCAUUCCAUCGUCAUAUUUCCAGAUUUUUUUUUUUGACUGCCUCCCUCAGCGAAACUGAUGAUUUUGAGGUCCAUACUCCUUAUUUCUUUUGAUUGCCUCCCUCAGCGAAACUGUCCUUCCUUGCCUGAGGAUGGUAACUCUUCUUUGGGGCAAUAGAAUAAGUAAGAGGAUAAGAUAGAAGAACGAUCAUAAGUUUAUUCCUUCGGUGAAUGUUGCCGGAGCGACAUGAACUCAACAAUUUGAACCAAAUAUCUUGCCGAGCAAAGUUUACCACAAUUUGUUUAUGCCAAAAAACUCAUACUGGCUCUGGCUACAUAAUUUUUUCCAAAUAGAUGGUUGGCAUACAACAAAAGUGGAGGUUCCAGAACUGCACGAAAGCCUUGCAGUCCGUUUUCAGAAGCAGCAGAGCCCUCCGAUUUGAUUGAGAGAAAUAGGGGGGCGUCAGAGCCGUGACCGCGUCGUUGGGUUGUGCCCUCAUAUUAUA